UGGGCGGAGGUCUGUUAGCUCGAAGACGUAAGACCAAAUAUUAGAUCAAUUUUUUAAAAAAAGAGAACCUGAAUUACUACCUAAUUCUAAUUCAAAACCUCACCCUAACCCCGUUAAAAGACUAUAUAAGAAGCUUACUCUAAGGGAUUUGCCUCACAUUCACAGCGGUUACCAGUCUGUUGUAAUAGCGCUCUUGCAAGCCAUUCGUCUUAACUCUCGUUCGAUUUUAUAAUUGAUAAAAUUACAACAAUGGAUUUCCGUGUUGUGGCCGCCAUUCUCUUGAUCGCAGUGUCAACAGUCUACAGUCAAAGUAUAAUGAGUCUGUGUCAACAGACACAAAUUAGAGCUGGAUCCCAUUUUGUCCGAUCCCCAAAUAACUGCAGUGAAUUUUUCUUAUGUAAUGCUAUGUUUCCCCAACCGUUGGCAUGUGGUAAGACAACUGUGUUUUCUCAAUCUCAACAAGUCUGUGUGUGGCGAAACAGCCAAUUUGAUGACUGCGACCGCCAAAUUUAUGGAGGUAGAUUCGAUGAUCCUCUUUGCAACCAAUACCCAGACGGCAUGAACCGUGACCCUAGUGACUGCCAUAGGUUUAUUCCCUGUUUCAAGCGUACCUCAUACCCUUCCAUGGCGUGUCAAUUCAAUCUUUUCUUUGACCCCCAGACUCAAAGAUGUAGCGAGAUUCGUCCGCCAUAUUGUCAAAUCCAAUGCCUUGCACCCUGUGAGUUUUGCUUGUUCCUCAAGGUGAGAGAGAAGACGAAAAGAGAUGGCUAUGACAAGGAUUCUGGACACCUUCGUUUUGAAGGAACUCAACGGGCCUUCACGGAGUGGCUGGAAUGUUGGCUCAAGUUCAUUGACGUCACAGGAUCCAACUAUGAAGCAUAUCGGACAUUUUGCAUUAAUUUGUCUCAAAACUCCAGGAAUUCCCCUUCUAUACUUUGUUUUAUUCGAGGUGGCUGUUUAAUUCGAACUCUCUGUAACUCACAUCUUUCAUGA